AGGAGUUCUCAGUUGAGUUGACUUAUCCCUUAGGAUUGGCUUUGACACUGAACCAAAGGAACACAAUGAGAGGGUGUGCAUUGCCGUUAACCAAAUUCGUGCCUCCUCUUCCCCAUGUGGCCAUUGGAAUCAAGUUAAAGCCUUUUACUUUUUCCAUUGAUUCAACUCACUCUCUCAGCUCAACACCAAAACACCCCCUUUUCCUCUCUACCCAUCAUCACUCAAAGUCCAAUGCACACUUCUCAUUUUCUGUUUCUGCCCAACAACAACAACAACAACAAGUAGAAGCCGAUGAAGAAGAGAACUUUCAAGUGCUCACAGCUCUCAAAACUGAUUACAAUGACAUACUCAUAGUGGACACCCCAAAGUCCAGAAUGCUGCUCCUUGAUUCAUCUUAUAGUGUUCACAGCAUUCUUUACAAGGAACAAAAAUGGACUGGUUCUUACUGGGAUGAAUUUGCAAGCUUGCCAGUCAUUGUUCCAAAAGGUCCCAUCGCAAUCUUAGGUUUGGGCGGUGGAACUGCAGCUCACCUGAUGCUUGACUUAUGGCCUUCACUGCAACUUGAUGGCUGGGAGAUUGAUCAAAUUUUGAUCGAUAAAGCAAGAGAUUAUUUUGGCCUAUCUGAUCUGGAAAAGACAACGGACAAUGGUGGUGUUUUAAAUGUUCAUAUUGGUGAUGUCUUCAUUACCUCAGAAGAUUUUCACCAAAGAUAUGCUGGCAUUAUAGUUGACUUGUUCUCUGAUGGAAAAGUUUUGCCUCAGUUGCAAGAGGUUAGUACUUGGUUGGAAUUACAUGAGAGAUUGAUGGCCAAUGGCCGCUUCAUGGUGAAUUGUGGUGGUGUUGGUGGGGGGCCAAGUGCCGUGGAUGGAAGUACUGAUCAAGAAACUUCAAGUGAUGAAUCAUGGUUAUUAAAUCCAGCAUUGCAAGCACUAUCCAAAGCGUUUCCUGGACAAGUAAGUUGGAAGAGAAUGCCAAAGGAAAAUGGUGAAAAUUUUAUGGCACUUACAGGACCUUUGCCUGAUCUGGACUCUUGGUCUGCUAGUGUCCCUUCUCCACUGAGCAAAAGUGUGAAGAACUGGAGAACCUUGUGAGCUGGUUUCUAGGAUUUGAUCUUACCUCUUUACAGCUAAUGUAAAAUAUGUUUUGAAGAGAGAAAUGUGAAACAAUGUUAGUAGUUACUCAAAAUAGUAACUUUCAUUCCCAUGGGAAUCAAGAUAGUCACCUUUUAUCAUGGGAAUGUGAAACAAAGUAGGAGUAAAUAUGAAGAUUUUGUAUUCCUGUGAAUGUUUUUUUUAAAACUUAUACCAAACAUGGAAAUAUAAUAUUUCCAAGCUCACAUUCUCGGGAAA